AUGGUCGGCUUCUGGGAGGUGGCCAGUGCCGCUUGUGGUGUCAUCUACCUCACGGCAUGGUCUUCUUCUUUCUAUCCCCAGAUCAUCCUCAACCACCGCCGUAGAAGCACACUCGGUUUCUCGCCCGACUUUGCCCUCGUGAACCCGAUCGGCUUCUUCUGUCUGACGGUCUGGUGCUGGGGCGCCUUUUUCUCCAAGACUGCGCGCGAACAGUACGCUGAGCGUCACCAUGGCCACCACCCGCAGGUCUCCAUCUCGGACCUUGCGUUUUCGAUGCACGCCCUCGUGCUCUCGACCAUUACUCUGAUCCAGAGUGCGUGGUACUUCCACCGUCACAGGCAGCAGCGCAAGAACCCCACGCCCGGCGAGUCGCACCCUCUCCUCCAGAAGGAGCCGGACAUGUCCGCAGCGCCGACUGCGCCGCACACGGCCACGCAGGUCGGGCUCGUGCUCAUUGCCCUGGUCACGCUUUAUGAGAUUACCAGCUUGGCGAUGGGCAGGACACAAUUGCUCGACUUUCUGUACUAUGCGUCAACGAUCAAACUUGUCAUCACUACCAUCAAGUACCUGCCCCAGGCCUACUUGAACUAUAGGAUCAAGACUGUCAUUGGCUUUGCUAUUUCGACCAUCUUCCUUGACAUUACUGGCGGUCUCUUCUCCCUCCUUCAACUUGUCAUCAGCUCCGUCUUCAUUGACCAAGCCCCGUCCGGUAUCUGGGCCAACCCCGGCAAGCUCGGCCUGUCGCUCUUGACGCUUGGGUUUGACACGGUCUUCAUUUUGCAGAAGUAUGUCUUCUACCCCGAGGAAGAGGAGUACGACGAGGACGAUGAGUAG